CAUGGGCGCCCGCGGCCGCCGGGGCAGCUGAGGUGCGGGCGGCCGCCGGCGCCUUUGUGAGCGGCGCGGACAACAAAGGCGCGGCCGAGCGGCCGGAGCCGGCGAGCGCUGGGACGGUGCUGGUGAGCUGCACCCUGUCUGAUGGCUUCCUCCCAUCCUCCACAGGCUGCCAUAGGAGAUCGGCUGCUUCCUGGAGGCCCAGGCCCCUCCCCCGAGGCAGAGGACGACCCUGGCGAGGCCUUUGAGUUUGAUGACAGUGACGAUGAUGACGAGGACACCAGUGCUGGCCUGGGCGUCCCAGGCGCUGCUCCAGAGAAGGAGGCAGAAGACGCCCCACUGAUCCACUUGGACUCCGCCCCCGUCGCUGACCCAGACCCAGCGGCCUCACCGCCCCAGACACAGGGGCCGGCCGUGGUGAGCAAUGGGGAUGCCGUGGACACAGCUUUCUCUGGGGUCCGGCACUCCAGCUGGAGACGGAAGAGCUCCCGUCGCAUCGACCGGUUUACUUUCCCCGCCCUGGAAGAAGAUGUGAUUUACGACGACGUCCCCUGCGAGAACCUGGACGCCCAUCAACCCGCAGGGGCAGAGAGGAACCUGCUCUACGAGGAUGUGCACCGGGACGGGGCACCCCGGGAGACGGAGGACCUAGGCUGGAGCUCCAGUGAGUUUGAGAGCUACAGCGAGGACUCCGGGGAGGAGGCCAAGCCGGAGGCGGAGCCCGCCAAACACCGAGUGUCCUUCCAGCCCAAGAUGACCCAGCUCAUGAGGGCCGCCAAGAGCGGGACCAAGGACGGGCUGGAGAAGACGAGGAUCGCCGUCAUGCGCAAAGUGUCCUUUCUGCACAGGAAGGAUGUCCUCGGUGACUCGGAGGAGGAGGACAUGGGGCUCCUGGAGGUCAGCGUUACGGACAUCAAGCCCCCAGCCCCGGAGCUGGGCCCCAUGCCAGACGGCCUGAGCCCGCAGCAGGUGGUCCGGAGGCACAUCCUGGGCUCCAUCGUGCAGAGCGAAGGCAGCUAUGUGGAGUCUCUGAAACGGGUACUCCAGGAUUACCGCAACCCCCUGAUGGAGAUGGAGCCCAAGGCGCUGAGCGUCCGCAAGUGCCAGGUGGUGUUCUUCCGCGUGAAGGAGAUCCUGCACUGCCACUCCAUGUUCCAGAUCGCCCUGUCCUCCCGCGUGGCCGAGUGGGACUCCACCGAGAAGAUUGGGGACCUCUUUGUGGCUUCGUUCUCCAAGUCCGUGGUGCUAGACGUGUACAGCGACUACGUGAACAACUUUACCAAUGCCAUGUCCAUCAUCAAGAAGGCCUGUCUCACCAAGCCCGCCUUCCUCGAGUUCCUCAAGCGGCGGCAGGUGUGUAGCCCCGACCGCGUCACGCUCUACGGGCUGAUGGUGAAGCCCAUCCAGAGGUUCCCGCAGUUCAUCCUCCUGCUUCAGGACAUGCUGAAGAACACCCCCAGGGGCCACCCGGACAGGCUCUCGCUGCAGCUGGCGCUCACGGAGCUGGAGACGCUGGCCGAGAAGCUCAACGAGCAGAAGCGGCUGGCCGACCAGGUGGCCGAGAUCCAGCAGCUGACCAAGAGCGUCAGUGACCGCAGCAGCCUCAACAAGCUUUUGACCUCAGGCCAGCGUCAGCUGCUCCUGUGUGAGACGCUGACGGAGACCGUUUACGGUGACCGCGGGCAGCUGAUCAAGUCCAAGGAGCGCAGGGUCUUCCUGCUCAACGACAUGCUGGUCUGCGCCAACAUCAACUUCAAGGGCCAGCUGGAGAUCAGCAGCCUGGUGCCCCUGGGGCCCAGGUACGUGGUGAAGUGGAACACGGCGCUGCCCCAGGUGCAGGUGGUGGAGGUGGGCCAGGAGGGCAGCUCCUAUGACAAGGACAACGUACUCAUCCAGCACGCCGGCGCCAAGAAGGCCUUGGCUGCGGGCCAGGCCCAGAAUAAGGUGUACCUCGGGCCCCCGCGCCUCUUCCAGGAACUGCAGGACCUGCAGAAGGACCUGGCUGUGGUGGAGCAGAUCACCUUCCUUGUCAGCACGCUGCACGGCACCUACCAGAACCUGAACAUGACCGUGGCUGAAGACUGGUGCCUGGCCCUGCAGAGACUUACGCGGGUGAAGGAGGAAGAGAUCCACUCGGCCAACAAGUGCCGCCUCAGGCUCCUGCUUCCCGGGAAACCCGACAAGUCCGGCCGCCCCAUCAGCUUCAUGGUGGUCUUCAUCACCCCCAACCCCCUGAGCAAGAUCUCCUGGGUCAACAGGUUGCACUUGGCCAAGAUCGGACUCCGGGAGGAGAACCAGCCGGGCUGGCUGUGUCCGGACGAGGACAAGAAGAGCAAAGCCCCGUUCUGGUGCCCAAUCCUGGCCUGCUGCAUCCCCGCCUUCUCUUCCCGGGGCCUCAGCCUGCAGCUUGCGGCCCUGGUCCACAGCCCUGUCAGCUGUCCCCUGGUGGGCUUCUCGGCUGUCAGCACCUCCCUUCCACAGGGCUACCUCUGGGUCGGGGGCGGGCAGGAGGGUGCAGGGGGCCAGGUCGAGAUCUUCUCCCUGAACCGGCCCGCGCCCCGCACGGUCAAGUCCUUCCCGCUGGUGGCCCCUGUGCUCUGCAUGGAGUACAUUCCGGAGCCGGAGGAGGGGGAGAGCAGAGACGGAGACAAGAAGUGCUCGGCUGCUGACGCCUCGUCUGGAGUGCACCCCACCAUCUGCCUCGGGCUCCAGGAUGGCAGCAUCCUGGUUUACAGCAGCGUGGACACGGGCACCCAGUGCCUGGCGACCUGCAGGAGCCCAGGCCUGCAGCCCGUGCUCUGCCUGCGACACAGCCCCUUCCACCUGUUUGCCGGCCUGCAGGAUGGGACCCUCGCCGCGUACCCCGGGACCAGCGGAGGCGUCCCCUGGGACCUGGAGAGCCCGCCCGUGUGCCUGACUGUGGGACCUGGGCCCGUCCGCACCCUGCUGAGCCUGGAGGACGCCGUGUGGGCCAGCUGUGGGCCCCGGGUCACUGUCCUGGAUGCCACCAGGUUGCAGACUCAGCAAAGCUUCGAGGCACACCAGGACGCGGCCGUGAGUGUGACACACAUGGUGAAGGCGGGCAGCGGCGUCUGGAUGGCCUUCUCCUCCGGCUCCUCCAUCCGCCUCUUUCACACGGAGACGCUGGAGCAUCUGCAGGAGAUCAACAUCGCCACCAGGACCACCUUCCUGCUGCCAGGCCAGAAGCACCUGUGUGUCACCAGCCUCCUCAUCUGCCAGGGUCUGCUCUGGGUGGGCACUGACCAGGGUGUCAUCGUCCUGCUGCCUGUGCCUCGGCUGGAAGGCAUCCCUAAGAUCACAGGGAAAGGCAUGGUCUCGCUCAACGGUCACUGUGGGCCUGUGGCCUUUUUGGCUGUGGCCACCAGCGUCUUGGCCCCCGAUAUCCUGCGGAGUGACCAGGAGGAGGCCGAGGGGCCGCAAGCCGAGGAGGACAAGCCGGACAGUCAGGCUCAUGAGCCAGCACCCGUGCCCGCGAGCCACGUGGGCCGAGAGCUGACCCGCAAGAAGGGCAUCCUUUUGCAGUACCGCCUGCGCUCCACCGCCCACCUCCCGGGCCCGCUGCUCUCUGUGCGGGAGCCGGAGCCCAUGGACGGCUCAGCCCUGGAGCACAGUGAGGAGGACGGCUCCAUCUACGAGAUGGCUGAUGACCCCGACGUCUGGGUGCGCAGCCGGCCCUGUGCCCGUGACGCCCACCGCAAGGAGAUCUGCUCGGUGGCCAUCAUCUCCGGAGGGCAGGGCUACCGCAACUUCGGCGGCGCCCCGGGCGGCAGCGGGAAACCAGCCCCGUGUGGGGAGACGGACAGCGCCCUCCUCAUCUGGCAGGUGCCCUUGACGCUAUAGCCCCCACCCAGGCCGCGCAGCUGCAGGCCUGGCCGCAGCCAAGCCGGGCUCUCGGCCUGCUGUGGACCCUCCCAGCGGUCCAGGGUCCCCAGGGAGCACGGGGGGGCAACGCCUUCCAGGGACCUGCAUGGCGCCAUGCGGACGGGCCUGGAACUCCGGUAACUACCUGAGCGGGGCAGAGGAAAACCUCUUCCUUUUUAAGAAAAAAAAAAAAUUUCAGAGUGUUUAGGGGAGUGGUUUGGGUUUGGGGAGAGGGAGGACACCUCUGGAGAAGAUGGCCUUCUUUUUAAAAGCAAAAAACACAAAACCUCACAACUGCCUGGCAAGCCCAGUGCCUCUCGUCCAGGCCCGAGCGGGGCUCAGGGGCGGCCACGCACCCCUCCUGGAAGGGUGCGUGUGUGUGAGUGUAUGAGAGUGUGUGGGCUGGUGUGUGAAUAUAUAUAAAUACGUAUAUAUGGUGUAUAUUAUAUGUGUAUAAAGUCUGUACAUAUUGGAGCUCUGGGAGAUGCUGGAAUAAAAGGCAAGAAUAACGUCAGUACUUGGAUUGAGGG